AAAAGCACAGUCUUUUAGUAAAAAUGAAGAAAUUCGAUCUGGAGUGGAAGAUACCUUGGGUUUAAUUUUUUUCAAAGCGGCAAAACAUCCUGUUACUCAGUAAUCAUUGGUACUCGUAUAUUCAGAGGUAAUGAGGCGCAGCCAGGUGAGUGCGGGUGUAAAAUUUGUGGAAGGUGAGUAUGAGGACUGGAAAAAAGCGUGGUAUUAUUCCGAAAAUUGCAUGUUUUAUUUAAAAACAAAAUCUCAACAUACGUAUGGGAAGACCCUUCACAAUUAUUACUCUGUAUCCAAAGAGAACCAUGACAGAUUUGUCAUUGUGACAGCUGAAUGUAUGGUGAUGACACAUUGCCUUCCUGUAAGGAGUUAAGAUAUGUUGUUCAUUCCAUCGUACACCAAAAACAACAUUUCUAUCGUGUUCUAGACUGCCCAUAGCAAGCACCAAAUAUUGUUAAGACCAUGUCGUACAUAAAUAAGAGGUAUAAACUCUUUGAAGAAAGACCCAGAAGUGGGUUGGUUCCUGUUAGAUCCGAGGCCAGGAUCAAAAGCUAUGACUCUGCUACAGAUGCCAGAGCGUGGAGUGAUAUUGUUGAAGAGAGAAGACAGCAUAUACUUGAGUAUAACGCUUUGAAUAAGGCUGGAUGUAUAGAUAAGCUCAUUCCUUUAGAAAUACUGUUUGAUGCACUCAUGGCCAAUAAAAAUUUACAAGCAAGAAAACUGAGGCACAGAAUAGAAUAUUUACAAAAAAAGUUGGAUAUCUAUAAUAAGCUGGAGUUGGCAUGUGAUCAGAGGCGAAUGUUGAGGAGACUUAGAAAAGAGCUUGAUGAGAGAUACAGUGAAAUGCCACCCGUCGAAGCUCACUUAGAAGUACCUCCACAUGAUCGCCAGAGGAAACUUGAUGAACGACCUGAAGCUAAGCUUAAGAAAAGGAAUAAAAAGGAUGGCUCAGAAGAUGCAAAGUCAAAGAGCCAAAAACGCAGAUCUCCUCCAACGUCAGACUCAUCUGGAGAAGAAGGUCUUAAGUUCAAACCGCAUAUAAAAAGGAGACCUGGACCAAAAGGUGCUACGAAAGAACCUUCAAAGACUGACCAAACUGGCAGAGGCAAAGCAGGGCGUCAAACUACAGAAAAAAGGAGACAGGUGCGUUCUGAGUUUCCUGGUCGAGAUGGAGGAAAGGAUGAAGCACCAAUAGAAGGAGAAAAUGGUGUUGGAGUUCGUGGAGGUCCUGGUGCUAAAAGUGGUAGAGACAGCAGUGCAGCAACUACCAUAACAGGUCACAGGCCCAAAAGUGCCCCUGGAAGAAGCACUGGAGGUCGGCGCUUACGAGGGGAAACUGCAGAUGAAGAAGGUGACACUAGACCUGUCAGAAGGAGAGGUAUUGGUGCACCAGGUGCUAGAUUAGGAGAAAGUACCGACGAGUAUAGGGACUCUGAUGCUGAGGUCAACAGGACCAAACCUCCAGCUGAGGACAGACCUAAGAGUGGACAGAAAGCAGGAGCUAGGCCUCAGAGAGAGGCUAAAACAAUUGCUCUACCUGAAGGCCAACAUGAUCGAGAUGCUGAGGCUGGUAGAGGGAAAGAAGCUAGGCCCAAAAGUGCUGCUGUAGGUAGAGCAGAUGAAGAAGGAGUGACUAAACCUGGUAAAAAGAAAGACACUGGACGUCCUACGGCGGUAACCAAAGCAGGUGAAAGUUCAGAUGAACAUGGUGAUGCUGAACCUCGUAUAAAAAGAGGCGCUGGUCCAGGAGCUGGAGCUAAGCCCAAAGGUGGUGCUGCAGGUAAGUCAAGAGCUAGACCUGAAACAAUAGACGAAAGGGGUACUGAACCUAGAGAAAAGAAAGCUAAGCUAAAAGUUGCUAAUGAAGGGAAACCUGGAGGAAGUGCAGAUGAAGAAGGUGCUGUUAGGUCAGCUCACACACAAGAAACUGCUGAGCCUGACAGAAGGAAAAAACCAGGCGCAGGUGCUGGAGCGACGCCUGAAGGUACAGACAGGGAAGGUGAUAUUAAAUCUGUGGUAAGAAAAGGGGCCGAUCCAGGUGCUGGGGGUAAGCCUGAAGGAGCUGCUGGUGCUGGGACAGGAUCAGGAGGCAUAGCUCCCGAAGGCGCUAAGGCGGGGGAACCUCGAGCUGGUGGCGCGCAUGCUGAAAAGGAUGCUAUACCAGAAGGAAAGAAAGGAGCUGGCGCUGCAGCUAGGCUUAAGGGUGCGGCCGAGGGUAAGUCCAAAGAAAAAGAAGACACUGGAAGUUCUCCCGCUAGAUUUUCGGAAGACCCGCUAGGUGGAUCAAAGAGACGAGCACAAGCAGGUGAAGAUCAUGCUAAGCCUGUCACAAGAAAAGGAACAGCUGCAGGUGCUGAAGAAAAGCCUGAUGGGACUACUGGAGGAGCUCCUUCUUACGAUAAAGACUCAGUGGGUGGUAGAGAAGGCAAUAAUGAUGAUGUUGCACCUGCGAAAAGAAAGCUGCCAGAGCUGGUGCUAUAGCUAAGCCAAAAAGGCCUGCUACAGGUACACUAGCGGCUGGUCCAGAAGAUAAAGCCCUGGUUGGAGAUAGGAUAGGUAAGGAUGAUGGAGCGAAAACUGGAAGAAAAGCAGGAGCCGAAAGUGAUGCCAAGCCCAGAGGUACUACUGGAGGAGCUGCUGCUGAAGAUAAAAGUUUUGCGAGAGAAAGUGAUGAGGACGAAGGUGAAGAGGCACCUGCAAAGAAGAAAGCUGCUGCAGCUGCAACAGCAAGUGCAACUGGGGGUAAACCAGGAGUAGAUCCAGAAGAUAAGGCAGAUGAAGAGGGUGAUGCAAAAUCUGCAACAAAGAAAGGAGCUGCAGCUGAUGCUGGUGGUAGGUCCCAAGGUACUGCUGGAGGUGGUCCAGAAAGUAGAAGCCCUGAACGUCAAGCUAUCCAAGAAGAAGGCACAUCUGUUGAACCUAAGCCUGAGGGUGCUGCAGGAGGUAGACCUGCAGUAGGAAGAAAGCCUAAAGGAGCUCCUGGAGGCAAAUCAGGGCGUGGCUUGGAAGCUUAUGAAGGAAUUGGAGUAGGUCCUGGAGGUCAACCCCGUGGCCGAAGUGUAGGUGAGGACGAUGAAGCUGAGGCUGCAAGGGAGAAAGCAGCUGCGGCUAAACCAAGAAGCGGUUUUGGAGGUAAAGUACGAGCAGGACCAGUCGGCGUAGAAGCUGCAAGUGGUAAGCCUGGAAGUGCUGCUGGAGGUUCAGCAGGAGGAAGACCAGAAGAUCGAGAUUUCUCAAGAAAUAAAGAUGAAGAGGGCGAUACCAAAGCUAGUAAAAGACGUGGUGCUGGUGGUGAGGCAAAAUCUGAAGCUGGCGCUGCUACGAGCAGACAUGUAGAUGGUACUGAAGGAGCGGCAAAGAAAGGAGGAGCACCUGACAAAGCGAAACCAGAAAAUGAGAUGGAAGCAGGUACAAGAAGAGUUGCUACUCCACGAAGACAGGAAGGAACUACAUCAAAAGAUGUAGACAAUGAGUUGCAAACUUCGACGGAUGGGACAAAUGCAGCUGAUGGUAGAAAAGCACGUGAAGACGCUGUUGGAGAGAAGCCAGUUUCAAAAGGUGACGGCAGGCCAAGUGGCGCAAGAAGUGCAGCCUCAGAAGAAGAUCCUAAAGAAUGGGACCGACUGGCAAAGGAAUUACACCAAGGGCGAGCUAUCCCCGCGAACCGUAACCAAGGGUCAACACCUGUAGGAGGUCCGGGAGAAAAACCAUUGACCAACUUACAUCCAGUCAGAGGAAAAGCUAAACCAGAAGAGGAAGUUAAACCUGCAGACAUUCCCGAUGAUGUCAAAGGGGGCAAAGCUGAUGAAAUAACUUAUCCGGAGAAGAAGAUGGCUGCUGAGGAAGAUCCUUCAGAAAAACAACGACUGAAGAAAGAAGUUGAUAAAGUGAAGCAAGAUAGUGCAGAUGCACAACCUGUAGGUAUCCCGGAUGAUAUCAAAGGGGAUAAAGCAAUCGAAAGAGUCUAUCAUAAAAAGAAGACGGCAGCAGACAAAGAUCCAGCGAUUAAAGAACGCCUAUCAAAACAGCUUGAGAAAACAAAGCAAGAAAAAGUUCAAGAAUCUGCUGGAUUUAUUCAAGAUGAUAUUAAAGGAGAUCAAGCAAAAGGAAGAGCCUAUCACGAAAAGAAGGUGGCAACAAAUAAAGAUCAAGCGGUUAAAGAACGCCUAGCAAAACAGCUUGAGAAAACAAAGCAAGAAGAAGUUCAAGAAUCUACUGGAGGUAUUCCAGAUGAUAUUAAAGGAGAUAAAGCAAAAGAAAGAACUUAUCCCGAAAAGAAGCUGGCAGCAGAAAAAGAUUCAGUUGAAAGAGAACUCUUGGGGAAGCAGCUUGAGAGAGCAAAACAAGAUCAAAUUCAGAAGCCUGGUGAAAGUAUUCCAGAUAACAUUAAAGGAGGUAAAGCAAGGUGAAAGAUUAUCGUGAAAAGAAAGUGGCCGCAGAAAAAGAUCCAGCAGAAAGAGAACGAUUGAGACAACAACUUGAGAAAGUGAAACAAGCUAAAGAAUCUGCUGGAGGAAUUCCAUCAGAUAUUAAAGGAGAUAAGGCAAACGAGAAAGCAUAUCUUGAGAAAAAUAUUGCUGAAGAGAAAGGUACUAAGAAAGGAGUGGAACAGAGAACAGCUCCAGGAGAAGAAAUAAUCGAUAUCCCCGAUGAUAUAAGGGGAGAUCAGGGAAAAGAAAAAGAAUAUCUUGAUAGCAGGCUUUCAGUAAUGGAUGACCCAAUGGAAAAGGAGAAACUACGAAGACAGUUAGAGAGGGAAAAAGGAAUAUCGUUGAUGACCCCUCGAGAAUUUUUGGAUAGGCAGACCUCAAAAGUUGAGGACCCCAAAGGAAGAGCGCGUGUCAAAGAGGAAAUUGCAAGAGAUAAGAAAGAAAAAGAGCUUGUUCAAACGAAGAAGAACCUCGCUGGAACGAAGGAUCCUGCUGAAAGAGAAAUGAUGAAAAAGAAGCUUGCUGAAGCAAAAGAUGAAGAAGACGAAGGCAGAAAGAACUCGUUUUUACAGGAAAAGCUGUCUAAGGUAAAAGAUCCCAGAGAAAGAGAACGAUUUAAGAAACAAAUAGAAAAAGAACAAGGUAUAUCGUUAGCUUCUCCUGAAGAAACAGCAGGAAAAAUAGAAACCCAUAUGCCACCUGGUGUAAAAUGGGAUCCAGCAAAAGAAAAGAUUUUCUUAGAAAAAAAACUCGCAGAAGCUAAAGAUUCUGAAGAAAGGGAACGAUUUAGGAAGCAACUUGAAAUGGAAAGACGGAUUUCGAUAGGAACUCCUCAAAAACAGGCAAAAGGAACUGUGUCAGACGUUCCGCCGGGUAAAAAAGGAGAUCCUGAAAAAGAAAAGGCUCGCUUAGAAAAAGCGGACGCAGAGGUUAAAGAUCCAGAGGAGAGUGCACGAAUGAAGAGACAACUUGACAAGGAGAGAGGUAUUCCUUUAGAAACGCCUAAAGAUAAGAUAGAAGGAAUUGUAUCAGAUACGCCUCAUGGUGUAAAAGGAGAUCCAGACAAGGAACAGGGUCGGUUAGAAAAAAACCUUGCAGAGAUUAACGAUCCAGAGGAGAGAGAACGAUUCAGAAAGCAGCUCGAACAGGAACCAAGUAUACCUUUAGGAACCCCUGAACAACAGGCAAAAGGAAUUUUAUCAGAGUUUCCACCAGGUGUAAAGGGAGAUCCUGCAAAAGAAAACGCUUUCUUGAGAAAAAAGCUCGCAAAAAUUAAGGAUCCAGAAGAAAGAGACCGUCUGAGAAGACAACUUGAAAAGGAAACAGGCAUACCUCUAAAAACACCUGAAGAACAACCAAAAGGAAUUCUAUCAGAUCUUCCACCAGGUGUAAAGGAGGAUCCUGCAAAAGAAAAGGCUUCCUUGGAAAAUAAGCUCGCAGAAAUUAAAGAUACAGAAGAAAGAGAACGUCUGAGAAGACAGCUUGAAAAAGAAACAGGCAUACUAUUAGGAACACCCGAAGAACAAGCAAAAGGAAUCGUAUCAAAUCUUCCACCAGGUGUAAAGGGGGAUCCCGCCAAAGAAAAGGCACACUCAAAAAAAGUUGCAGAGACUAAAGACCCAGAAGAUAGAGAAGAAUUGAGGAUACAACUUGAAUGCGAAACAGGUAUUUCUUUACAUACGGCCGAAGAAAAGACACCAGGAAUCUUAUCAGACAUACCAGCUGAUAUAAAAGAGGAUCCAAAAAAAGAGAAAGCGUAUUUAGAUAAAAACAUUGCUGAGGUCAAAGAUCCCGCCGAGAGAGAACGCUUGAGAGAAGAGCUUGAAUCAGCCAGAGGAAUUUCUUUAGAAAUUCCUAAAGACAAGGCAAAAACUAUAGCUGAAGAUAUGCCUGCUGAUUUUAAAGGAGAUAAAAUGAAGGAAAAGACGUACUUGAAAAAAAUGCUUACUGAAGGCAAGGUUCCUAAAGAGACAGCGGAAGAUAAGACUCAAGAAAUUAUGUUGGAAAUGCCUGAUGAGAUUAAGGGGGAUAAGGCUAAAGAAAAGGCUCAUUUAGAAAAGAUGGCCGCAGAAGUUAAUGAUUCUGCAGACAGGGAACGAUUACGGAAACAGCUGGAGAUGGAAGCCGGACUUGUUGUAGAAACGCCUGAAGAAAAGGCAAAGGGUAACGUUACAGAUAUACCGGAUGAUACAAAUGGUGAUAAAACGAAACAAAAGGCGUACUUAGAAAGAAUGCCUGCUGAAAUUAAAUAUCCUGAGGAUAGGGAAAGAUUGAGAAAGCAACUGGAAAAGGAAACAGCUGUUUUAUUGUCAAGCCCUCAAGAUAAGGCAAAAGAAAUUAUUCCAGAAAUACCAGAAAAUAUAAAGGGGGGCAAGAAAAAAGACGACUAUGUAGAAAAAAUGGUAACUGAAGUUAAGGAUCCAGUUGAAAGGAAACGACUAAGGGAGUUACUUGAAAGGGAGAGAGGUAUGUCUUUCUCAGAAGAGAGAGCUCGCAAAAUAAUCAGUGACAUAAAAGAGGGCAAAGAUAAAGCAAAAGAUUACUUGAAAAAAACUAUGGAGAUGCAUGGGAAAAAGACAUCGAUCGAUAAAGCACAAGAUCUGCUGUCAGAUAUGCCCGACGGAAUAAGAGGGGAUAAAGAUGAAGAAAUAGCUUACUUAGAGCAAAAACUUGCUGCAAUUAAAGAUCCUUUCGAAAGACAACGACUGAAGAAGCUGCUUGAAAAAGAAACUGGUAUGACAUUACGAUCUCCCGAGAAAAAGGCUCAGGAGAUCAUGUUAGACAUUCCAGAUGAUGUAAAAGGGGACAAAGAAAAGGAAAAAGAAUUCUUAGAAAGUAAGCUUGCUGAAAUACAAGAUCCUGUUGAAAGAAUGCGACUGAAGCAGCUUAUGGAAAAGCAAAAUGGGAUACGGUUAGAAGUCAUGGAUCAAAAUCUUAAAGAUAUUCUGUCUGAGGUGCCCGAUGACAUCAAAGGGGACAAAAACAAAGAACUUGAAUAUUACAAAAGCAAGGUGGCCGAAAUACAAGAUCCUGAAAAAAGGGAAAGGUUACAAAAACAGUUGGAUGAAAAACUUACAGAUGAUUUACUUUACGAUAUGCCCAAUGAUGUAAAAGGUGAUAAAGAAAAAGAAAGAGCUUAUCUCGAAAGCAAAUUAGCAGAAAUUAAAGAUCCUGUUGAAAGAGAACGGUUAAGAAAGCUCAUUGGAAACACGAAAGGAAUAAGCUUGGAGGUACCUCAUGAAAAAAUGGCGGAAUUACUUGCAGAAAUAUCAGUUGAUAUUAGAGAUGAUAAGGAAAAAGAAAGAGCGUAUCUAGAAAGGAAAUUGGCAGAGAUAAGCGAUCUAGAAGAAAGAGAACGCUUGAGAGAUCAACUAGAUAGACAGAGGGUACGAGCUAUUCUUGCCGAGAUACCGGAUGCCAUUAAAGGAGAUAGGGAAAAGGAAAGAACAUUCCUUGAAAGUAAACUAGCAGAGAUUUCUGACCCACAGGAAAAAGAACGGUUGAAACAACUAUUGGAUAAGCUAGCUAUGAAAGAUAUUCUUGUUGAAAUGCCUGAUGGUAUAAAAGAGGACAAUGAUAAGAAAAUAGCAUACCUGGAGGCCAAAUUGGCUGAUAUUAAAGACCCUGCAGAAAAAGUGCGGAUGAGAAAGCUUUUAGAGGAAGCAAUAGGUAUAUCAUUAGAGGCUUAUGAUGAGAAAUUGGAAGAGUUGCUAUCAAAGAUACCUGAUUGGGCUAAGGAUGACCCAGAAACAGAACGAGCUUUUCUAGAAAAUAAACUGGCCGAAAUCGAGGAUCCUAUAGAAAGAGAACGUCUGAGGAGGCUUUUGGAAGCAGCAACAGGUUUGACAUUGGAGCCUUCACCAGAAACGCUGGAUGAACUACUUAUUCAAAUACCAGAUGAUAUAAGGGGUGACAAGCAAAAGGAAAGGGAGCACUUGGAAAGCAAACUAGCUGCAAUUGAAUAUCCUCUCCAAAGAGAAAUUUUAAGACAACAACUAGGCAAUCAACUAAUGCAGGACAUUCUAGUUGGGAUCCCUGAUCAUAUAAGAGGUGAUAGAGGAAAGGAAAGAGCUCAUUUAGAAGCUAAACUAGCUGAAAUCAAAGAUUCUGUUGAGGGAGAACACCUGAGGAAGCUCCUUGAGAAACAAAAAGGAAUGACAUUGGAAGUAGUCGACGACACGUUGAUAGAUUUGCUUGAUCGUAUUCCUGAAGACAUCAAGGGCGAUUCAAAGAAAGAAAUAGAAUACCUUGAGAGUAAACUAGCUGAAAUUCAAGAUCCUGAAGAAAGACAGAGGUUGAGACAACAGUUACAGAGACUUAAGGAUAGAGAGAAGUUAGAAGAACUUCUAGCGAAAGUACCAAAAGAAAUAAGAGGCGACAAAGAAAGGGAAAGAGCAUUCCUUAAGAGCAAAUUGGCGGAAAUAGAAGAUUCACUAGAAAGAGAACGCUUACGUAGGUUACUUGAUAAAGAGACCUUGAAUGAUAUCUUUGCAGAAAUGCCUGAUGAUAUCAAAGGAGAUAAAGCUAAGGAGAAAGCUUAUUUAGAGCUAAUGUUGGCAAAUAUCAAAGAUGCUGCAGGAAGAGAGCACCUAUUACAACUUUUGGAAGACGAAUUUGGAAUCUAUUUGGAUGUUCCUGAUGAGAAACUUCAAGAACUGUACGCUAGCAUACCCGAUGUUAUUAAGAGUGAUAAAGAAAGAGAAAGAAUUCAUGACGAAGCCAACCUAGACGAAAUAGAAGAUCCUGGUGAAAGAGAACAUUUGAGGAAGGUUUUAGAUAAAGAAAGGCUGAAAGAUCUUGAUGUUAUGCCUGAUGACAUAAGAGGUGAUGCGGAUAAGGAAAGGGCGUACUUGGAACGUAUGUUAGCUGCAACAGAAGAUUCCGAGGAAAAAGAGCAACUAAGGCAGUUGUCUGAUUUAGAAAAAUUUGAAGAUGUCUUGUCGGAUAUGCCUGAUGGCAUAAGAGGAAAUCCUGAGUUGGAAAGAGAUUACUUAGAAAAAAAAUUGGCACAAAUCAAAGAUCCUAUUGAAAGAGAACGGUUGAGGAAGCUUCUAGAAAAGCAAAGAGCUAUUUCUCUUAAGAGUCCUGAAAAUAAAUUGGAAGAUUUACUAGCUGGAAUGCCUGAUGCCCUUAGAGGGGAUAAAGCAAAAGAAAGGGCAUGGCUGGGAAGUCAACUUGCUGGAAUCACAGAUCCUGCUGAAAGAGCUCGAUUGAUGAAACUUUUUGAUGCUUUUGAAGAACCUAGCAAUAAGAAACCAUGUCGAGGAAUAUGUAGGGGAGUGGAGCCAAGAAAAACACCUGAGGAGUUUCUCCAAAACAUUGUUGCAGGAAUGCCGUUAUAUAUAAAGGGUGAUAGGGAAAAGGAGCGAGCAUACUUUGAAAACCUUCUAGCUGGAAUUACUGAUCCAGAGGAAAGAGCUAUGUUGAGGAAGCUGUUUGAGAAAAGUCAGGCUUCUAGAAGAGCGCCUUGUAAAGGAGUAUGUGCUGCGAGUACCAAACCAAGGCCAAGCCCAGAGGAAAUUACGCAAGAUAUGAUUGCGGGUAUGCCACCCGAAAUCAGGGGAGAGAGAGAACGGGAAAGAGCAUAUUCUGAAAGCAUUCUAGCAGAAAUUGCAGAUUCUGACAAAAGAGCAAAGUUAAGAAAUCUUGAAGGGAAAAGACCAUGUCUUGGGGUAUGUGGCAAAGGUGCGGAACCUACACAAAUGCGAAAAGAUCUCCCACAGUUUGACGCAGAAGUGCUUGAUAGUAAAAAACCUGAUCCAAGUGUACAUGGUUCUGGUCCUGGACAAAGGUGUACAUCCGAAGAGUUUCUCCAGAACGCUUUAUCCAAUAUGCCCGUUGAAAUAGGAGGGAAUAUAGAAAAAGAGCGAGCCUACUUUGAAAGCGUUCUAGCAUUGAUUAAGGAUCCUGUAGAGAAAGCAAGAUUAAGGAAGCUGUUUCACGAAAUGCAAAAACCAGAAGAUCUUCUGCAAAGAAUCUUAAACAAAAUGCCUCCAGAAGUAAAAGAAAGGAGAAAAAAAGAACAGGCAUACUUUGAGAGGGUUCUUGCAGGUAUUUCAGAUUCAUUUCAGAAGGAACAACUAAGAAGGCUCUUAGACGCAAGAGGACUUGGAAGCAAAGGGCCUUGCCCAGGCGUCUGUGGUGCAGGUUACGAACAGAGGUCCACACCAGAAGAUCGGUUCCAGAGUAUUCUAUCUGACAUGCCUCCUCAAAUAAGAGGAAAUAUAGACCAAGAGCGUGCUUACUUGGAAAACGUUUUAGCAGGGACUUCAGAUCUAACUGAUAGAAUACAAAUAAGAAAGCUCUCAGAUGCAAGAGGGCUUGGAAGCAAAAGGCCUUGCCCAGGCGUCUGUGGUGCAGGUUAUGAACAGAGCUCCACACCAGAAGAUUGGUUCCAGAAUAUUCUAUAUGGUAUGCCCCCACAAAUAAGAGGAGAUAUAGACCAAGAGUAUGCUUAUUUUGAAAGCGUUCUGGCGGGGAUUUCUGAUCUAGCGAUGGCGGCACAACUGAAGAAAAUGUUUGAAGCAAGAUCUCUAGAAAGCAAACGACUAUACCUUGGACCACGUGGUAUAGGUGCUGAGUUAGAGCAUAAACCAGAAGAAAUUGCAGAACAAGUAUCUUGUAACGCGGUUUGUGAUAGAAAGCAUAAGAUAGCAGACAAAAGUACAAGAUAUACAUCUCAAGAACCAGAAAGUUCAAAGCCAUGUAUGGUGAUCUGUGCUGUGGAGGAUAUAGCAGCAGAUCAAGGCAUGCAGAAGGUUUGUGGAGUGGUACCUUUAAGAGAUUCAAAACCUGGACCCUCAUGUUUGAGCCCAGUGCAUAUCUGUGGGGCCAUUAAAUUAGAAGAUAGAUGCGCAGCUCUAAUUCGCCAAGCGCAACAGAGAUCUGCGGCCUUAGCGGCCUCGUCAGGAGGUGUAUUUGUUUUACCAAGGCCAUGCACCGGCAGGUGUGUUGGUCAUUUGAUUCCAAGAGGCUAUUUACCAGGAGCCGCUUUGCCUGAGGUGAUACCACCAACGCAUGAUGAACCUGUGCCCGAGUGGCUACAAAAGUUGGAAAAAUGUGCCACAAGAGCAAAAACUGUGUCGAUAUCUAUAGAUACAGAUGACACACGAGAUAUGGUUGAAGACGAAGUAACAACUGUAAUAGAAAUAGGAACAAGUAAAGUAUCACUGAAGGAUGCAGAAACAAAUUCUAGGUCUCAAUUAGAACUAGCUUGGAAGAAAGAGAACUAUAAAGGAUCUAGCAUCUCCGAUUUUGAGAAUGUGAUAUGCAAGAAUGUCUCUGCGAUAGAUUUGAAUAUAGAUUUGAAAGAAUUGGCUCAUAGAGGUCUCAAAAUAUCCAAAGCUGACUGUGCGUCUUAUGCUACUGAAACCCUCAAAAUGGAAGAAGCAGUUGGCACUUCAGGUAUCGAUAUUACAAGUCGGGGUGUUCAAAGUGAUCAGGGUGCAGGAAUAUCUAGCUCUGAGUCUUAUAUAACUGCCAUAGAGUGUUCUAGUGAAAUUCCUGAAGUUGGAGGAAGACAAAUGACGGCUAGAUCAACAGAUGAACCUGGUUUAGUAGAUGUUCUACGAAGUGACAUGACUGAUAAGUCACAACCUCUAGAUAAAGAAGCUAGUACUGAAGAUGUACCAUUAUGUGUUAUGAUUGAGGAGGCAAGACAACUUCUAUCGGAAGAACUCACAGCUGUUGAACUAGAAAUGCUUCUAGAUGAAACAGUUUCGGUGCAAUCAAGUAAAGAUGACGCGACGGCUAGGCCUGCAGCUGAAGAGGUAGCACUAGAAGGGCAGGAGGUAUUCGUAGAAGCGGAAGAUACUAAAGAAAAAUUGGUAAGAGACGAAUCCGAAGUAGAGGAUACUAGAGAAGGAAGCGAAUUAUAUGAAACGGCAGAUAGUGAUGAAUACGAAAGCGCUGAUGUAAAGAAAGAAUCUCAGGUCCGCUUCAUGGAACCCGAAAUUUCUUUAGUCACUUCCUUUGAGGAAGGUGAAAAAAUAACGGAGAAAGAAAUAAUACUAUCCCGUCUCGUGGAAGGACAUAGCCAAGAAGAUAUUCCAAGAGUAGUUAAUAUAGAUGAGAAACAGAAUAUCACAGAUGUAUCUCUACCAUCUGAGACUCAAAUAGAGGUUGAAGCACAUGAUGUUCGAAAUACGUCUACUCAAAUAGGAGCUAGUGAAGUAGUUUCUACUUCAGUACAAGCUACAGUUUGUGAAGCAGUUGCUCAAGAGCAUAGAUCUAGCCCUCGUAUUGUGGUAUAUGAACCACCUUCCUCACGACGGAAGCGAUUUAUAGCAGAUGGACGUUCUGAAGUUGAUAUAGUACAUAAGAAACCUGUUAUACAUAAAGCCAUAGUAACUGAUGCUCCAGUGGUACAACACGUUCAAAGAGAUACCAAUUUAGAGAUAAUUCAAGUAACUGAUGAAGGACCCAAAGAUGAUAAGAUACCGAAAAAAAUCGUUUGCCAAGCUCCUUGUUCACAAAAAGGUGUGCUUGGGAAACUUGUGGGGCGCAUCUGUCAAGGUCCAUGUGCAAUUUCCCCAUCACAUCGACCUAGUUCUCAUCAGGCACUAGGUGUUAGAACAAGAUCAGCAUACAAGGAACCAUGUGCUGCAGAGCAGAUACAACAAGAGUCUGUAUGCAAAGCACCAUGUGGUUCACAGUUUUUUUCAAAGGUUUGUCAUUGGAAGAUCUGCUCUGGUGUUGCAGAAGUUUGUCAGACUACUCAAGCUAGCUCCGAUUCAGUAAAAGAGUAUUUGCCUGAGGAUGACGAGUCAAGGAUUAGUCAAGCAACAUGUGCAGAUAUAUCUAUCACCAUUAUGGACUCGUUGGUCUCUUGUGGCUGUCAAGCAGACUUAUCAGACCACGCACGGACUCCGACUAAAGUAUCGCGUACUUGUCAAGCUUCUUGCGCACAAGUUUCACGCGGUAAUCAAAUGAUGACCAUACCAGAUCGCGUUUCAGUUCGCUCACGUAGCUGUCAAGCUUCUUGUGCUUAUACUAGCCAAAAACCUGGUACUUCAACACCACAAGUAUGUGCGGCUACAAUCAAAAAUACAAGUCCUGAUAGGACGCACUUUAGUGUUGGACCACCCAAAGGUUAUCCCAGUAGGCAUAUAUGUGCAUCAUGUAGUACCUCUCCACUUGUUAAUGAUAGAACCGGCCAUACAGGUGCUGCUGGCAUCAAUAUACCACCCGUUAAUGAUCAAAAUUCUCAUAUUUGUGCUGCUGAAGCUCAGAAAGCUGAUACUUGCACAGCUAUUAGAGUCCAAACACCUCAUGUAUCUGCAGUUAAUUCUUCUGCUCCAGCUACAUCUCAUAUCUAUGCAGCAUCUAGAGAACGUUCUAUGUCCCCACAUGUCUGCAAGGCCUCUCGUUCUCACAAGCCACAUAGCCGUCACGUCUGCUCUUGCAGAGCUCAUCUAUCACGAGAUAGUGAAGCUCAAGGAAGACUGUACACUAUUAGAGAUGAUGCUCUCUGUAGAAUGACCUUACCUGAUCCUCCCAAACCUUUGCAAGAUGCUAUUGCUAAGAAAAGAUCUCCGUCUCACAUUGAAAAGGAAUAUAAAGACCCUUACAGGAAGUUACGUAGGGAAAGACAAGAAAGUAAUACAAAGACUUGCUUUUGUGAGUGUUCGAAAAAGUCUGGAAAGGAGAGGUGUACAUGUAUGGAGCCCAGGCGGGAUCUCGAUGAUCCAACUGGGUACAUCGUUGGGUGCAGCUGCAAAGACUGUUCGUGUGGUUGUAAAGAUAUGGGCUCUAACGAAGAUAAGGAUGGUGGACCUUCUGAUGAUAGUUCAAGAAGAAGGCGUAGAUGCAGGGCUAUGAGAAAAAAGGCUGAGCGAGAAGAUUUGUCCAAUCUGAUGAUUCAUAAGGACGCUGAAAUUGUUGCUUUGAGAAAUGCUCUUCGAGCGAAAGAAUCUUAUUGUGCCGAACAACGUAAAAUUGCAGCAGCUGCUAUUGAACAAUUGGAGAAUAUAAAAAGCAUUGUGGAAGAACGCGAUGAUCUCAGGAAAAAAUUGGAAUCUUCGCAAAAUGAACUAGAAGAGCUAAAGAAAAACGUAGCACUAGGGAAACCGUUUGGCUUAGACCUACAAAAUGAGAAGAAUGUGUACGUUCCCUUCUUGGAAGAAAGCACAUCCUCCUCUCCUGUUCGUGAAGAGGAGAUUGUUCAAUUGGAAGAGGAGAUCAGUAACAUGAGAAGCGGCAAUUUAACACCCGAGUUGGAAGCUAAGGUGAUCCGUAAGGAGGUGGAAGUACUCAAAAGGUACUGCUCCAAGUUAUCAGUCAUCCAAAAAGAAAGCAGUCAUCUCAAAUCCGAACUGGCCAGGUACAAAGACCAAAUGGCCAAGCUAGGUCUUGCUGGAGACACGACAGAAAUCAACAACCUUAGAUACAAACUAUCCUCACUGAACGACACAAUUAAAGAGCGAAACGACCUCAAGCAACGGGUCAAACAUCUUGAAAAGGAACUUUCGGAGUACACAGAUUUGCCUGAGGAUAUUGAAGUGUUCAAGCAGAGGUCUUUGUUGUUGGAUGAGGUCUUGCAAGACCGAGAUCGGUUGGCAAGGAGGGUUGAGCAAGUGAGAGGUCUGGAAGAUGAGGUGUACAACUUGCGUAAAAAGGCAACUAGGGUAGACGAAAUGGAGGAAAACUUGGCCAUGGCGAACAAACAGAACAAACUGCUCGAAGAUGAGCUAGAACACGUCCGAUGCAAAUUGUCAUAUGCAGAAAUUGAAGCUUUGAACAGCAAAACUGAAGGCGACACUUUGAGAUCGAAACUGGUUUGCAUGGAACAUGAAAUGGAGACGUUCAGAUCUCAGAACAAAGAUAGGGAGAUGCUGAAACAGGAAAGAGAUCAUUUGAAAAAGUCUUUGGAUGAACUCACAAGGAUGCAAGCCGAUUUCGAUCACAUGAAACAUCAGAUGAAAAGCUUGGAAGUACUAAAAGCCGAAAGGGACAUGUUCAAGUCAAAGUACGAAAACCUGAUAGGUCUCGAAUGUGAAUGUGACAUACUCCGGUCUCAAGUGGAACGAGCUAAAGUGAUAGAGAAAGAACGAGACAUAUUAGAAAAUCAGGUGGAAGAUUUGGAAAAUUGCAUAUCUGAACAGGAGAGUGAAAUCAGACGAUUAGUUUGCCAUAUUGACACUUUGGCGCAAAAGGACAGACAACAGGAAAACUUGAAAGACCUAGUUGCCUCAAUAAGAGAAGAAAUUGAUACAAAGGGUGCCCUACUUAUCGCUUCCGAAGAAAAAAUCGCCACGAUGCAAUGCCAUUUUAAAACCUCUUUUGAAGAUAUCAGAAAUGAAACAUCUCAGGUCCGUUUACAAAAAGAGCAACUCGAAAAGGAGGUCGAAAUGGCAAAAAGUCGCAAUAGCUCUUUGGAACAGGAGGUUUAUUGUUUAAAAUGCGCCAAUGAUUUGAUGGUGAAGAAGAUGGAAGAUACUGAAGAAUACAUUGAAAGGUUGCAAAGAGCGUUACAGGAAACGGACAAGAAGGUACAUCGAAGUAUUCUAACUGAGAGGCAUUCCAAAGAUGAUGCUAUCAGCACUAUGAGGUACGAGUUAGAGGCAGCUAGAGAAGAAAAUGAAAAUCUCCAACAAAUUAUCAAACAAAUGAAUCAGAAUGUAGGAGAUGAUCAUCUCCAGCAAUUACUCUCGCAAUCCAGAAUUGCCAUAGAACGAAUUGCUGUAGAACUAAACAGACAGUACGAAGAGUGGGAUUGCAUGAAAGGCAAAUUCGUACAGAAAAAACACACCACGUGCUCUGCUAUUGGGACUGAUGAUGCAGCUCAACAAGGUCCACGACGAAUUGAUAUCAACAAACAGACUAGAGCUGUGGGGAUAGAUAUUGGAGAACAGGAUCCUAACCUUUGGGAUUGUAACAGGAAAUAUGGAGUUGCACCAAAUGGGACUUCUAAAGAUCCAACUCAAUGGGACUGCAAUAGGGGGACUGAAGAUGGUGAAAGAAGGCUUUGUGUGGCACCAUGUACUACUGAGUCACCCGGUGAUGAUCCAAGUCAGUGGGAUUGCAAGAAGAAGAUUGAUGGUCGUACUCCAAGUCCAUCUGGUGGUGCUACUAGAACUCCAAGUAGUGACCCAAGGCUUUGGGAUUGUCGACAAAUGCCACCUACAGGUGCUAGAGGAGGUGCCCCUGAGCUACUUCCAUACAUCUGCCUAGAUCAGAAACGCGCUGAGGGAGACCAGGAAAAGCAGGACUCAAAAGCUCCAUGUACUUGCCUGAGUUUAGGUGAAAAAAGAAAAGUAGGGAGAGACAGUGAUGAGUGUAAUUGCUUGAAGUUCAUCGAAACUGAGCCCGAACACCAAGCAGAAUGUACUUGCUUGAGAUACUUUGGGAAAGAUCAAGACAUAUACAAAGAGCUUGAAGAUCGCAUAGGUCAAUUGGAGAGAGAACUAACUCAAGCUAACGAUACCAUUUUGAAACUUCAAGAUCGCCUAGGUAUGGCCGACAGAACGUCGGCAGAGAACUUGGCUCUAAGGAAGCAUUCUAUCGAGGUUCAAGACAUGGCUAAAGAACAAAUUGAAGAAUUAGUGGAACAUCUGAAAAAAGCUAGAGCGCAGGUGGCUGAACUAGAAGAUGAGAACGCGAAAAUGAAGAAGAGCUUGGAUGAUUGCUUGGAGGAGAAGAAAGAGCUCCUAGCACGCAUCAAAGAGCUUCAAGCUAUGGACAGAGAAUUGAUGAAAACAGAGUUAGAUUCCUUGAAGAAAGAAAAAGACGAUAUGGAUAAAGUGAUAGCUAGUACUGUCGUUACAGCGUCUAGACGAGCUUCAAAAAUAGAAGGAGAGCUAGAUGAAGUAUCUGUUCAUAACAAACAAUUGCGAUCAGAAAUUUUGAAGCUCCAAAGUGCUAACCAGGAUUUGGGAAGUGAGAACAAAAAUCUAGCUUCUAGGCUUGCUUCAAUGACCAACGAGAAUCAGAGGCUAAGUGGUGAGCUGAAUGCGGCAAAGGCUGAACUAGAAAAUUUGAGGAAACUUGCCACCGAUCCUAAUCUCUUGGAGGCUUUACGGAAAGAGAACGAAGAGUUAAAGAGGCAAAUCAAUGAAUUGCUGCAACAACUACAAAGACCUGCUCCUGAUUUAGGGUUUGACUACAAUAAAGAAAUGCAAGAAAAGGAAGCUUUGAAAUCUAUCAUAGCUGAUCUUGAGAAUCAAAUGAAGAAUUUGAGGAGACCCGACGGGGAAAUGGAAAGAAUGCUAGUAGCUCCGUCUGACGAAUUAGAAAAAAUGAUAAAAGAGCUAACAAGAAGACUGGAAGAGGAGCAAAAAAGAGCUGAUGCUGCAGAAAAUGCGUUGCAGAAUUUGAAGGCUGCUGAUCCAUCUGGUUUACUGAACGAUGAAAUAAAAAAUCUGAAAAAAAGAGUCGCACAGCUUGAAACUGAAAAUACUGAUUUGAGAAACGCUUUGACUAAGUCUAAUGGUGAAGUUGCAAAUCUUCAGAAAGAACUAAGUUCUGACAAAAAUGAACUUAAUAAGAUGUUGAGCGAAAACUCAGCUCUCAAAGAAGCAGCUGCAAAAGUUCCAGGUGCCGAUGCAUCCCUAGCUACACCAAUAGCUGGAGAGGAUAUAGAAAAAUUUAAGGCUAGAAUUGCACAGCUAGAAAACGAGAAUGGUACGUUGAAGAAUGAACAGAAUAGAGGUAACGCUGAUAACAAGAAUAUGUAUGACACUAUCAAUAAACUGCAAAAUGAAAAUGCUGAGUUGAAACAGAAUCUUAUCAAACUUCAGAAUGAGAAUGAUAAGAUGAAGAAAGAUAUGGACAAUAUGAUAAACAACGCGAAGAGAGAUGCUGAUAAGAUAUUGCAGAUUGAGAAAGAAAAUGAUAAACUACAGCAAACUAUUAAGAAUCUCGAAGCUCAAAUAGAUAAGCUGAAGAAAGAUCUUGAUGCAACUUUAAACCAAGCGAGAAGAGAAUCCACUGGAGUAUCUCACCUACAAGAUGAACUUGCUAAGCUCAAACAAAAGAUUGCACAGAUGGAAGGAGAAAAUAGUAAGCUGAAGUCCAAUCUGAACACGACGAUGGAUAACUACAAUAAUGCUGCGGCAAAAUUUGCAACUUUCAAAGAUGAAAAUGACAGAUUGAAAGGUCUACUGGCCGAUGGUCAAAAAGAUAUUGCAAGCUUGAAAAAACAAAAUGAAGCACUGAAAACAACAGGUAAUGAGAAGUAUGCUGCAGACUUAGCAAGAGCUGAAAAUGAAAUAUCUAAUCUUCAGAGGAAGAUAGCGCAACUUGAAGCUGAGAAUGCUCGCCUUAAAGCUGAGCUUAACAGCGCUUUGGAUAACUUGAAAAAAGUUGAUGAUGCUGACCUAAGGAAAAAAUUAAUGAUGCUCGAAAAUGAGAAUUCGAAGUUGAAGAGCAACUUAGAUUCAGCGUUAAAAGGUGGAGAUGAAGCUGCAAGGUUGAAAGAAACGUUAGACGCUGAGAAUGCUAAGCUGACAAAAGAUAUGAGCGCAGCUAUGGACAGCCUUAACAAAUCAAACGCAGCGAUAUCGCAGUUGAAUAAUGAAUUAGGUAAACUGAGGGAUAAGUUCAAAAUGCUGGAAGCUGAAAACGCAAAGCUCAGGCAAGAUCUGAACAAAGCUUUGGAUGAUAUAAAAAAAGCUGUGUCAGACGCAGCACAAGCAAGAGAUGACGAAGCUAAGCUUAAACAGAGAAUUGCUCAAAUGGAAGCUGAAAAUGCUAAUCUUAAGAAAGAUUUGGAUGAAGCGAUGACUGACGUAAAGGCGUUGCAGCAAAUGAGAAAUGAAAAUGCGAAAUUGAAAAGGAAGGUUAAUGCUUUAGAGAACUCAAAUGCGGAUUUAAAGAUAGUCGUGGGCGAUGCUGGAAAGGGUGCUCCAGCUGAAGAUGACAGUAACAAACUUAGGGAGCAUAUUGAGAUGUUAGAGAAUGAGUUGAAAAAGCUUAAAGAUGAUCAUAGCAGGUGUCCGUUCCUCAUAUCACAGCUGAAUGAUGAGAUAAAUGAUCUCAAGAAGAAGCUUUCAGAUUUAGAGAUGGUAAAUGUCAACUUGCAGACAAAACACGAUGGUGUAGCUGGUGACUUCAAAAGUACAGUAGCUGAGCUAGCUUUACAAAAAGACAACGAAUCGAAGCUAAAGCAGCAAAUUGGUCAAAUACAAGAUGAAAAUAAGAAGCUGAACACAGAACUAACAGCGUUAAGAGUAGAACUUACGGCAAAAGCAGGUGAGCAAGCUGCAUUAAAAGACAAAGAAGCAAAACUGAAUCAAAAGCUGUCACAGCUGGAAAGAGAGAAUACGAUGCUGAAAAAAGACCUAGAAGUUGCAAUGGAACAGUUGAAAAAAGCUGAGAAAGCUUGCGAUCAAGUGAAAGAUGAAAAUGCUGUAUUGAAACAGAGAGUAGCUCAACUCGAAGCUGAGAAUGCUACGUUGAAAAAGAACCUGGACAACGCCCUUUCUGAAGCCAGAAAAGCUGGUGUUAAAGAGGACGAUUCGAAACUGAAAGAUAGGUUAGCACAACUUGAAUCUGAAAACAAGAAGCUGAAAUCAGACUUGAACAAUGCAUUGGACGAAGCUAAAAAGAGAAUGUCGGAUUUGUCCAAAGCCAGAGACGAUGACAAUAAGAUGAAGCAGCGCUUGGCGAAUUUGGAAAACGAUAAUGCAAGGUUGAAGAAGGAGUUAGAUAAGGCUUUGGCUGAUGCGCAAGCGGGUACUUCGGGAACGCAGCAAUUGAAAGAUGAAAAUGACAAGAUGACGCAGAAGAUUGCGCAACUUGAAGGCGAGAUUAAUAGACUGAAGAAGGAGUUAAACAAGGCUCUUGAAGAUGCGAAAAAAGAUAUAUCUGGUAUAUCCGCGAUGCAAGACGACGAUGCCAAACUAAAACAGAGACUAGCUCAACUUGAAAGAGAAAACGCCAAGAUGAAAGGCGAGUUAGACAGGGCCCUCAAAGAUGCAUCCGGGGGCUCCGAUAUGACAGCACAACUCAAAGGGGAGAAUGUUAAGCAGAAAAACAGAAUUGCACAGUUGGAGGACGAGCUCAAUAGACUCAGGAAGGAGCUGGAGGCGAGUUUGAGCGAUCCGAAGAAAGGUGUUUCGGGAGUAGGGAAUCUUCAGGAUGGUAAUUCCAAGUUGAAGCAAAGGAUUGCUCAGUUGGAAAAAGAAAAUGGUCAAUUGAAAUCAGACUUGAAUGUUGCGAGUGGAACCAAAGAUGAGAACAGUAAAUUGAAACAGAAAAUUUCACAGUUGGAAAGUGAACUGGACAAGCUGAGGAAAGCUUUGCAAGAAGUUCAAGAAGGUGAAAGAAAGGCCAAAGGAGAUUUGUCAAAAAUGAAACACGACGAGCAAAAGCUGAAGCAAAAACUCGCUGAUCUAGAAACCAACAAUUCAAAGCUGAAACAAGACUUGGACUCAACAGUUGGCAGAUUGAAUACUGGAAUGAGUGACGUGGAGAAAGCCAAAGAUGAAAGCGCAAAAAUGAGGCAACCUGUUGCACAACUUGAAGUAGAAAACACCAAGCUAAAAAAAGAACUCGAAAAUGCUUUGAACAAUGUAAACUCAACUUCAUCCGAGUUGCAACGUCUCAAAGAUGAAAAUGCUCAACUCAAACAAAAAAAUGCGCAAUUAGAAACGAGCAAUGCUCAUAUGAAGAAAAAGAUGGAUCUGACUUUGGACGAUUGGAAAAAGAGCACUGGUCAGGUUCAGGAUUUGCUAAGCGAGAUCCAAAAGUUGAAACAAGCUUUGGCCGACAGAGACGAGCAAUUGGCGCAAACAAGAAAGGAGAUGGAAAAGGUUGGAGGAGAAGUUAAAGACAAAACGGCUCCACUGACUCAGAUAGCAGAUGAAAACGCGAAAUUGAAGGGGAGGAUCAAAGAUCUGGAGAAUCAGCUGCAGAAGUGCCAGGAUAGUUUAAAGAGUGCUGAAGCUGAGUCGAAGAAAAACGCUGCGGAGUUGGUGAAGAUUAAAGAAUUGAAUAGUUCCUUAAAGAAGCAGGCUGAUACGAGGAACGGAGAUGGAGAAGAAGCAGAUGAUUACUCAGCAAAAAUAAAAGGCACCCAGGAUACGAUGGCAUCGAUGAAGGAACAAUUUGACAGAGACAAGAAAAACCUUCUGAAGAGGAACGAAGAAAGCAUUGCUAAGCUUCAGCAGCAACAUAAAACUGCCUUAAGAGAACUAAGAGAAAAACACGACAAAGAAGUGGCUGCUUUGAAAGAUGAGAUGAAGAGAUUGAAGGAAGAAUUAGAAAGGGUUACAGCGGAGAGAGACAAAUUAAAACAGUUGGUUGAAGAUCAGCGACGCACGAGUUUAGACAUCAAGAGCAAGGUGGAACAAGUCGAAAGCGUAUUCAUCAGCGAAAUAAGGAAAAGCAAAGAAGAAAGAAGGAGAAGCAAACAACUGGAAGAUCAGCUCAACGAAUCUGACAAAGCCCUACUCGAAAUAGAUCAGAAAUACUCGGAAAUGAAGCAACGGAGUGCUGACCUUGAACAGCAAAUUACCAAAGAACGAAGAAAGAGCAAAGAGCUGGAGAAGGAACGACAGAAGGAAAUUAAUGCUAAUAUACAAUUACAGAUAGAGAAGGAAGAUCUGAGAAGGAGUAGCUUGGUUUUUCAGGAUCAUAUUGAGGAAGAAAAGAAGAAGAUUCAAGAACCACAGAAAGAUUUUGAAAUAGUAAAGUCCCAGGAAAGACAAGGAAGGGCGAGUAGAGAUAUAGGUGCAUUGACAAUACAGACAUUUGAAACGGCCAACUUUCCAGAUGUCAUUGUAAUAACGUCACCCCUAUCAGACAAAGAAAUAAGAUUCUUCGGAAAAGAGAAGUGCAUAUGUAGAUCCAGCUUUCCUGCUCUUCUGGAUAAAAUGUUGAGUCACGGUAUUGAAUCCCUUGAACUAGAAGAACUGCAGUUCGUUCAGGCAAAACUCAACGAGGCAAUGGCUGCGGUAUUGCAAAAGUUUGGUCAAGCGAGUGGGGUUAUAAAACCGCAUGAGAUGAAGGACAAACUGUCACUGACGAGGAGGAUUGCAGCACUUGAGGACGACCUCAAACAGAAACAGAAACAUGCACAACAUAAAGUUAAAUAUGAGAAGCAGAGGUUAGGUGAGUUACGAAAGACGUUGGAUGAAGAAAAACAGAAGAAUUAUGACCUACUGGGUAGAAUGGACAUAAUAUCAAGGAAUGUAUCCGAUAAACAAAAGCUAGCUAAGGUGGAACGUUAUCUUGACAUAAUAGAUGAAGAAAAAACCAAAACACAAAAAAUGAAAGUGGAAUUGGACCGAGAAAGAACGCGCUCUUCUGAACAUGUGAAACAACUACUACAAGCCGGCAAAUCAAAACCAACUAGAAGAACUUCGGAUGGUUCAGAGAGCUUACGUACGGCUUCAUUGACCAACGAGCUGAUGUUGAAGAUUGAUGUUCCUAGUGCUCCAACUAAGUCGAGACGACGAAUCGCAUCCCCAGUUUUUCCUAAAAGUAGGUCCCGAGGCCCCUCAAGAAGUCUCAGUAACUACCGAACUCCUCAAGAAAAGCGCAGUUGCACCCCCAGCUCUACGAAAAGGCGAAGUACCUCGCCAGGCUCUUUGGCUCCAGUGAAAGACGUAGACUACCAAUCGUUGAUUUCCUCAAAGAGUAAAGCAAGAUCAGCGACUUCCGCUUUUUACACUGACAUAAAAGCAGGUGUCGGUCACUACAGUUGCGUCACUAGAAAGACGUUUUCUGCGAAGAGCGAGAAAUUUAAGGAAAAUCCCGAUGUCGACAGCAAACCAGGUGCGGAACACACUUGUACUUCAAAGAAAACAUCUUCGGCGAGAGAUUCUUACCAUUGAUGUAUGAUAUUUCGAAGCACAAGACGUAUCAAAUACGACUCAGUGCUAAUAAAAAGGAUCUAAUCUGAAA